AUGCCUCCAACCCCCCGUCCCCGCGUCCUCUUCAUAUCCCUAAACAGAGCCUCAAUGUUCGAAUCCGACUUCGAAAACCUCGUCACAAAAAUAAGCCAUCACUCCACAAUCCACCGCGUCUUCCUCCCCAUUGCCGCAAUCCGCCUCCUCGCCUCAAAUUUCGCAGCAGUCUUCCUAACAGACGAAGCCCUAACCCAAACAAAAUACACCCUCGUCUGGGAAGCAGUAAUUGAAUACCUCCAAGCGGGCGGGAAAGUAAUCUGCCUAGGCUGUUUCGGCACCCAAGCCACACAAGCUGGUAUGGCGAGAUUCUUCUCUAAAGUGCAUUUCCGCUGGACAAAGGAUGAAAGACAUACUGCGCCUGUUUAUGUUAAUGCGGAGAGUCUUUCGAGGGCUAUUAGGAGGAGGGUUCCGGCUGCUUAUGAGACUGAUGCGGUUUAUUUGGGGGGUGUGGGGGUUUGUGAUUCGUGGUAUCGGAGUGCUGAGGAGGAUAUUACUUCGGAGGUUGUUGAUGCGGGGAAUUCGGGUAUUAAUCCGUGGACUUAUUCGGCUGCUGCUGCGAAGGUUGGAUCGGGGUUUUUGGGUUUAUCGGGGAUACGCAUACUACGGAGGGGUUUGAGCAUGUUGUGCUGGCUAUGGCUGAGUUAG